UUGGUCGCUGGCGCGUGGACAAGACGCUUACACCACUGCGCCCUGCCCUUCCAUUCCCUUACCUCUCUGCCUUCCUUUGCCGCACACAAGAUACAGCAUACGAUACUCCCUCCUGCCCGCCGCACAACACUGCUCACCUUUUCUUGUAGUGUUCAAGGCGUACAAGUUCCCAUCUGUAAGAAAUGACGGGGCUGUGGCGCGUUUGGGCGGUGGCGGUGGUGACGGCAGCAUGCUGUGCGAGCCUCUGCCAUGCUAUGUUCGGUAUUCCAAGUUUUCUGGAGUUUGGAAACUGCGCUGAAGUCACUCUUAAAGAAAAUUUUGAUCCCAUGAAGUACACUGGGCUGUGGUUUGACAUUGAGAGUGUGCCCAACGAAUACCAGUACACCAAGAAGUGCGUCACUCAAAACUACACAUGGACAGGGGAGCAGAUGGAGGUUGCAACUCGCGGUCUGACUGACGAAGAUGAGAAAAUUCGUCAGAUAGCAGUGAUGGUGAAAGAUGAGAAUCUCCUUGACCCUGCCUCCAUGAUAGUCCAGGCAGCAGGGGUCCCUGAAGCUCCCUACCAGGUCAUCGAUACAGACUACCGAACCUAUUCCUGUGUGUAUUCCUGCCUGGGUGGCUAUGCUGGAUUCAUGGCAGAGUUCAUGUGGGUGUUCAGCCGCACACCCUCCCUGCCAGCCGACAAGAUCAAACACUGUCACAACAUCUUCACUAACAUGGAAGUCAACCCAAAGAAAAUGGUGCCUGUGGUGCAGCAAAGUCCAUGCCCAUAUGUUAAAAAGCUGGAUGAGAUGCUGAUGGAGAGUGAGAGACACCUUCUGAAGGUGAUGGGUCCUCCCUCAUCCUCUACAUCCUCUACACCUUCCACACCCUCCACAUCCACUCCACCAACCCUUCCACCCACCACAAAGCACACUAAGGUGCAGGACAACAAUGUGAAGAAGCAGAUGAAUGUUAUUCAUCAGGAAGAGGUAAAAGAGGACAUGAAACAUGAUUUGAAAAGCAGCAGCAGAAACCAUGAUCCAGCAAAGCAAGAGAAGGCUGGCAAGACCCAUGACUCACCAAGGAAAUCCAAUGCAGUGGCCACUACCCCACCCCAUGGGUCGUCUGUGAGGGAGGCCGAGAGGACAGACCCAAACACCAGCUCCACCUUCCUUCCAGCCACCCAGCUCCUCUUCCUCCUCACCACACUCCUCCUCUGUUUCUAGAAACUGCAGAGGAGAAUAUACUUAAGAUGUACAGAUCACAAACUGGAAUCCAGCUAUGAGUAUUUGUACUCUUAAUAAGCAAACUUGAAUGUUUUCUGAAGUGUAAACAGUAGUGGUCACCUUACCACUCUCUCUCUCUCUCUCUCUCUCUCUCUCUCUCUCUCUCUCUCUCUCUCUCUCCAAAGAUUUACAAUAAAAGCCUGUUUUUAACUA